GGAUAUGAAGGAUUCAAAGUGUUUGCGUGUGUUUGUGUUAGGCGAAAAGUGAAAGUAGAAUUCACGUGAUUUAUUUGAUUUAAAAGCCAUGCCAAAAAAGGGCUUCUCGUAUCAGUUUCCUGCUCCUUUCACUCAUUUUUAAUGUUGAUUUAAAAUAAUCAAUAAACGUUUACCAAGAAGAGCAUACAGUAUCAGAGAUAUUUAUUGGGAGUGCGUGUGAAACAAUGGAUUUUGCUAGAUUCAUGAAUAAAUUCAACGAAAUCGAACGUCAACUUUCGCCCACAUCGGCACUCCGUCUCAGCUUCGAUAACAUAUCGCCGGAGACGGAAGAGCCGCCGGAUGGGAAACGAUUGUGGGGUGUGCCAGUGCCGCCCUUUGUCUCCGAUAAGGUCGUCUCCUGGAUCGAGGAGGAGUUCAACGAGGCGCCCAUUUACUACAAUGGCAACAGUGUCCUCAAAAAGGUGGAAAAUGUGCGCAUGAUUGAUCGCUAUAACACCAAAAAUCCGACAGUUGGCACUUUGUAUCUGACUGCCACACAUUUGAUAUUCGUGGAGCCCGACAGCAACAAGGAGACAUGGAUUCUACACAUGCACAUUGCCAGUAUUGAGAAGCUUCCAUUAAGCACAACGGGCUCGCCGCUUCUAAUCCGUUGCAAGACAUUUCUGUCUGUGACAUUUGUCAUACCCAAGGACUCUGAGUGCCACGAUGUUUACACUUCGCUCAUCAAGCUCUUUCAGCCGGUCUCCAUUAAUAAGCUGUACUGCUUCAACUAUCAGCCGGCCAAGGAUGAUUUUCCCAAAAAUGCUGGCUGGGACUUUUUCAAGUUGGAGGCAGAGUUUAAGCAUAUGCUGGUGCCCAACGACAACUGGACGCUGUGCUCCAUGAAUGAGAAGUACGAACUGUGCGACACAUAUCCCCGUCAGAUCUAUGUGCCCAAGGAAGCAACCACAUUGAUGCUGUUAAGCAGCUCUCGCUUUCGCUCCAAGGGACGCCUGCCCGCGUUGACCUAUUUGCACAACAACCGGGCGUCCAUAUGUCGCUGCAGCCAGCCAUUGUCGGGCUUCAGUGCGCGCUGUCUGGAGGACGAGCAAAUGCUGGAGGCCAUACGCAAAACAAAUCCCAAUACCGACUAUAUGUUCGUUGUCGAUACGCGACCACGAAUCAAUGCCAUGGCCAAUAGAGCCGCUGGCAAAGGUUAUGAGAACGAGGCCUUUUACGAGAACAUUAAGUUCCAUUUUCUCGGCAUUGAGAACAUUCACGUACAGCGCGCCAGCCUGCAAAAGGUGCUGGAAGCCUGCGAACAAAAGUCGCCCACAAUGAGCGCAUUUCUGAAUGCCCUGGAGUCGUCCGGCUGGCUUAAGCACAUUCGUUCCAUAUUGGACACGUCGAGUUUCAUUGCGAACGCCGUCGAUAAGGGUGUUUCGGUGGUUGUCCACUGCUCUGAUGGCUGGGAUCGCACCGCCCAAGUUUGCUCACUGGCACAGCUGAUGUUGAAUCCGUAUUAUCGCACAAUUAAAGGAUUCCAGGCGCUCAUCGAGAAGGAUUGGCUGGCGUUUGGGCACAAGUUUAGCGAGCGCUGCGGCCACAUCCAGAUGGAUGCGCGCGAGGUUUCGCCGAUAUUUACGCAGUUCCUUGACUGCACCUGGCAGCUAAUGUCGCAGCGCAGCGAAUCCUUUGAGUUCAACGAGCGUUUCCUACUCAUACUGCACGAUCAUGUACAUUCGUGCCAGUUUGGCACCUUUGUUGGCAAUUGCGAGAAGGAUCGCCUGGACCUGAAGCUGGCCGAACGCACAUUCUCGCUGUGGGGCUACAUGGCCAACCAUCUGAACGAGUAUAUUAAUCCGCUGUACAAACCCAAUGUGGAUGAGUCUAUCAAAGCCAAUCUGGCACCACAGUGCAUCAAAUUCUGGCGUGGUAUGUAUAGCCGCUUUGAAAGUGGCAUUCAUCCCCGAGAGCCGCUUGGUGAUUUACUCCUGGACAGCAAGGAACACUGCAAUUCGCUGGAGGAUCAUGUGCAGCACUUGACCAAACGGAUUGCCAGCUUCAAGAAUUACAUUUCCAAGUCGGCCAAGAAACUGCAGGAUGCCACCACCACCACCACCACAACAACAACCACCAAAGUUACCAAGGAGACAACACCCAACGAAAUCAAUGACAACAAGUACAACUACGACAAGAAGCUGAGCGAGUUGUCCGCCGCCGAUGAUGAUCAUCCGCUGAAGGCGACCAACAUGUCAUUUGCCAGUCUGUCGCUAAAUGCCGAACAAACGAGCCCGCAAACCUUGAACGAGGAGAUCUCGUCUGUGGCACUGGAUUGGAAAUCCAUGCGGAGCGUUACCAACUGCUCCUGCUCCACGCCCUUCGAUCAGUUCAGCAAAAAGAUACAUUGUUGGCGUUGCGGCGACAUCUUCUGCGAACGUUGCAUUGACAAAAGCGUAGCGUUGCCAGGACACGAGAGUGGAAAGCCGGUUCCAGUCUGCCGCGGCUGCUUCCGACAGAUGCAGAAGCAGAGUCCAUAAACCCAGGUCUAGCAUAAUACUGCAUAGUUGUAAAUUGUUGAGCGUGAAUGUGGACAGCGAUCGAGCGAGAGCUGGCGAGUGGACGUAUUUGUUGCAUGAAAUACAUAUACAAAUAUUACAUACAGAUAUAUAUAUAUUUAUCA